AUGCACAAGACCACAGAUGCAGUGCCGCAGUGGCGGCGGGAGGACGAAAGCAUCGACCUCGAAGCCCAGGAGGAAGGCGCAGAGAAGUACGGCAACGAUGGCCGGUUCGAUGCAAGUGCAGAGGACGAGGGCACAGAUGAGGAGAUCUCCUACCGUCAAAAGCAAGCGGCUGCACCUCGGCAGGAGGACCCUGCCGCGCCACUUACAACCACAACAGAGCAUAAAAAGAAGGAGUACCCCACCACCGAACAUGCCAUACGCACCCUCGCCCUCCACACCGGGCUGGGCUACAUCCUGGGCUUUGGAGUGGGGCUGGUGGGUAAGGCACAGUCGAUCUUCCGAGUGACGCGGAUGGUAGGAGCGGAGAACGCGCACACGCACUACGUGGACCCGUUCGCUGUGGCGGGGGACUUGGCGCGUCCGCUCUUCAUGGUGGCAUGCUUGGAAGUGGCAUCGAUGUACGCCGGGCCGGCCGCGCACAACCUCAAGCUCCCCUGGAAAUCGGCGCCUCUCUCCACCACAGCGGCAGCAUCAUCGCCACUAACAGGAGACGAGAGCCACAGCGAGGGUAGAGGGCUGGUGUGGGAAGCGUACGAGGACUACGGAAAUGAAGGCCGAGCGAGUAUGCGAGAGGAGCUCGCUCAAGGGACCGGAGGACGAAAGGAACGCAGCGCGCUGGACUCGUCCACAUACAGCACACCAGAAGAAGAGCUGGCGUGA